CGCCUUAUCUCGUCUCCCAAAACCAGAAACCAACGAGCAAACUUUCCGAACCGGAGGAACCGCCGGAGCGAUCUUCGCUCCGUCCGAAUCCAUGGCGGCGCCGUCAAUCGACAAGCUCAAGCCCCCCUUCCUCCAGUCCUCCUACUUCUCCAGCCCGCCGCCGUCGUUUCCGUCGUCGCUCCCGAUCGCCACGCUCAGAACCCACGAGUUCUCGCGCUCUUUCAGCUCCGUUCCUCCUUCGACUCCGACCGGAAUCCGCCACCACCGGAACAAGCCCGUCGCGACCGUGUCCCGGAGGUUGCUCCUCCCUUCGGUUUCGGGCAUCUGGGAGGCGCUCACCGGAGGCAGUGGAGGCGGCAAUGCCCGCGAGGCAGCUCUCGCUAUUCGACGUGGGAUGCUGCUCUUCAGACAGGGGGAUGUUGUUGGUUCUUUGGCGGAGUUUGAUAAGGCGAUGGAGCUGGAUCCUCGUCAAAAGGCAUAUCUUUGGCAAAGAGGGCUGUCGCUUUACUAUCUCGAUAGGUUCGAAGAAGGUGCGGAGCAGUUCAGAAUUGAUGUUGCACAAAAUCCAAAUGACACUGAGGAGUCAAUUUGGUGCUAUCUUUGUGAGGCUCAACUUUAUGGAGUGGAUGAAGCAAGGAAAAGAUUUCUCGAGGUGGGGAGGGAUCCACGACCUGUAAUGCGGGAGGCAUAUAACCUGUUUAAAGAUGGGGGAGACCCAGAAAAGCUUGUUGCCGGAUUUCUGGAUGGACGGGACAGUGAAUACUUCUAUGCUUCUCUGUAUGCUGGUCUUUACUACGAAGCAGAGAACAAGCCUGAAGGGGCGAAACGUUGUAUCAUUGCUGCGUGUCAGUCCCCCUAUGGUGCAAGGUCGGAUGAUUAUAUGGCUUCGCUGGCCAAGGUACACUGUCUUUGCAGAGAUUGGAAUUCCACCUGAAUAUCGCAUCGGUGAGGGUCGGUUAGAAUAAUUUAGAAGCUUGCAUAUCUGAUAUUUCGGUGCUCAGCUUUACUGGUACAUGUGAGUAUUUAGUACCACCAAGAUCAACUUUCUUAACGAUUCUUCUCCUCAUUUUUAUUAGAAUGGGAGAUUGCUUAUUUGUCAUGACUACCGCAAGCUUGGAUCUUUGGAGAGUAUGAAAAGCUUAUUUAGCAGACACAGUUAUCACUGGACAAAUGAUCACGUGCAUGUCCAAAGCCUCCUUUCCAAAUUGAGCUAUGCAUUCUGACGAUAACCAUGAGAAUGAUGCCUUAUAUUGCCCGAAUAUUCUUAGCAUAUUAUGAUGACGUCUAUGAAAGA